CUCAUUCUUAGUCUCCUAAUACCCAAUAAAAUAGGUCAGAUGUUCACUAAAAGUACAAUAUUGCUCAUUUACCCAAUUCUACAACACAUCUAUUUGUUGGUAUAUCAUGCAUAUCUGUUUCUCCGGCCGGAAACCCCGCAACUUAAAGGAUCAUUAGAGAUAGAUCCGGGCUAUCUGAAUCGGGCAAUUUCAAUCAAGAAGACAAAGUUACCCUUUGCCUAUGCUCUGCUUAUCAUGCCUAUCAAUGGCUUCAUAGGUCCUGUGAUAGUUCUCUACAUAAUAAUCUUUGAUUGGGUCAAAAAUACUAUCAGCAGCUUACUAUUAACUCCAUCCCGCCGCCCGAAUCAAAACUGGCGGAGUCGCCGACGUAUCUGAAGGUCAUGGCCAGUGAAGAAGUGGAGACGGUACUGGAAAGACUUGGACUUUUUUGAGUUCUGUCGUUGCAGCUCCCCGUAGUUACCCGGUAAAAUACUGGGCCUUUUCUUAUGGGCUUCUAACUUAAUUGGACUCUUCUAUAAUUGGACCGGAUGUACCUACACCCGGGUGUAUAGUAUUGGACUCCAAAAAAGUGUAUAAUUUUUGUGUAGGCCUAGCUCCACUCUUUCUAUGCAAGUAUAAUACCAUUAAUUUAGUCUAUGUAAUGUAAUAUGGUCCAUAUAUUCUUUGACUCACAAUAUGGUCCAUAUAUUCUUUGACUCACAAUAUGGUCCACAGACGACCAAAAAGAAAAAGCAUGCCCAUGACUAUGGCCCACAUGGUGGGCAUCCGAUCCAUAACCCACCAUACCCUUAUCUCCGACCCGCAUUACCGACUCCGUUAACACCCCGCUAUUACAGCAUUGACGCGAUCCUCUCGACGCUCCGCACAACCUAUUCCGACGCAACCCACCCGAUUAACGCCAACAAGAAGACUGCGUUUACGUCACUAGUCACUACCUCCCCAACCAAAUUCAUCAUCCACAGUAUCAACCCUCAAAUCAGAUUUUCAGGACUGCCCUUUUGAUUCCACAACUUUACAAAAAAGUUUGUUUUACCCAUUCACAGAUCUGCUCCACUGUAAGCUACGAAGGGGAAACAAUUCCCUCGGCCAUUUUUGCAUUCUUGAUCAAUUAUCAGUUGAUAUUCCCCGGUCCAUCCUUCAAAGCUUGCAGCUUUAGCCUCUUCUGUUCUACUGUGGUCCUUCUGCAGUCUGGGUAUUCUUGGGGCGGCUUUGAGAAUGUCUCGUAGAAGUAUAAUCCCUCGGGACGUGAAAGGUGAAUGUGGGGGUAUCUCUAGGAAAGGUUUUGAGGUGAGGUUUGGUCGAUCAUGGUCACGGAGGAUGGUUCAGGACAGCUUUGUGGAACAGGUAGAUUUGCUGAGGCAGGGCUGUUGGGCUAAUAUGCCACCUGAGCUCUUGAGGGAUGUUCUUAAGAGGAUUGAGGCUUCUGAAUCCACAUGGCCGCCUAGGAAAAGUGUGGUUUCUUGUGCCGGCGUUUGCAGGAGCUGGAGAGAAAUUAUGAAAGAAACUGUUAAGCCACCGGAUGUUUGUGGCAGAUUAACAUUCCCUAUCUCUCUGAAACAGCCAGGACCAAGGGAUACUCUCUGCCAAUGUUUCAUAAAGCGUAACCGCAGUUCACAAACAUAUCAUCUUUAUUUAAACUUCAGUGAAGCAUCUAAUGAUGACGGCAAGUUCCUUCUUGCUGCUCAAAAGUGUAGACGGACAACAUGUACAGAAUACAUCAUCUCCUUAAACCCUGAAAAUAUCUCAAAGGGCAGACGUUCCUACAUUGGAAAGCUAAGGUCUAACUUUCUGGGGACUAAGUUUGUAAUUUAUGAUGCACAGCCCCCUUCUGAAGUCAAGUUUACUAAAUCUCAUUCUACCAAGCUGGUGGGAACCAAACAAAUCUCUCCAAGUAUACCAUCUGGAAACUAUCCUGUAGCUCACAUUUCUUAUGAAUCAAAUGUUCUUGGUUCUAGAGGACCAAGGAGAAUGCAAUGCAUCAUGGAUGGGAUCCCCGCUUCAUCUGUUGAACCGGGAGGUGUAGCCCCCACACAAACUGAGUUCCUUCCUGUCAGCAUAGAUUCAUUCCCUUCUUUUCCAUUUUUCCGCUCAAAAUCCAAGUGUGCGGAUAGUAUCCAAUCCGAAACCUUAACAGCUCAGAAAGACGAUGUUUUAACAAUGAGGAACAAGGCUCCAGGGUGGCACGAGCAACUUCAGUGCUGGUGCCUUAACUUCCAUGGGCGGGUAACAGUUGCUUCAGUAAAAAACUUCCAGUUGGUCGCUUCUUCUAUGGGAAAUGAGGGUAGAGUUGGACAUGAACGUGAAAGCGUCAUUCUUCAAUUUGGGAAAGUUGGAAAGGAUGUGUAUACAAUGGAUUAUCAGUAUCCGAUUUCGGCUUUCCAGGCAUUUGCUAUUUGCCUCAGCAGCUUUGACACCAAAAUUGCUCGUGAAUGAUAAGCCAGAUGCAUCGAGGAGCUGUUCAGGGACACACAAAUAUGCUGUCUGGGCUUCUACGAGUUGCCAUGUUGAUCCCCCCUUUUCUGCAUCCAUCGCAUUGUGCCCCCGUUUUUUGCUCAUUUUGUUUUUGUACAUACAUAAUUCGAUACGGGCAUGAUAGUGUUUUGUUCUUUUCUCUAUAGUAUCACAUUUCAGAUGGUGCGUGUUGCAUGUUCCACAGAAUGAUUUUCCUUGUGACUUCAUUUUUUUGCACAUUGACAAGUCCUUGGGCUAUGGUUAUCCUCCUGGAAUGUUUUCAUAAUGAACGCUUGCAAGGGGUUACACAUGUUUUAAUGUCCGUUUAAAGAACUUAUAUUUCUGUUCUAUCAAAUUCUAAC